AUGGAAGAGGAACUCAAAUGCCCCGUGUGCGGCUCGCUCUUCCGGGAGCCCAUCAUCCUGCCCUGCUCGCACAAUGUCUGCCUGCCCUGCGCCCGCACCAUCGCCGUGCAAACGCCGGAGACCGAGCAGCAUCUGCCCGCCAUGCUGCACCCGCGGGGCCCUGCGGCGGCGGCGCCAGGGGCCGGGGCUGCCGCCGCCGCCGCCGCCGGGCCGACCUCUCUCGACUAUGACUGCGGGGCCGGCGGGGGAGCCGGCGGCGGAGGGGGCGGCGGCGGCGUGGACCACGCGGACAAGCUGAGCUUGCACAGCGAGACCGACAGCGGCUACGGCUCCUACACCCCGAGCCUUAAGUCUCCCAACGGGGUGCGGGUGCUGCCCCUGGUGCCGCCGCCUCCGGGCUCGGCGGCGGCGGCUCCCCGGGGAGGCGGCACCAGCUCCUCGCUGACGUGCCCGCAGUGCCAUCGCAGCGCCUCGCUGGACCACCGCGGCCUGCGCGGCUUCCAGCGCAACCGGCUGCUGGAGGCCAUAGUGCAGCGCUAUCAGCAGGGCCGGGCCGCCGCCUCGGCCGCCGCCAAGUGCCAGCUGUGCGACCGCAGCCCCCCGGAGGCGGCCGCCGUCAUGUGCGAGCAGUGCGAGGUGCUCUACUGCGCCGCCUGCCAGGUCAAGUGCCACCCGUCGCGGGGGCCCUUCGCCAAGCACCGUCUGGUGCCUCCGCCCAGCCAGCAGGGCGCCCCUAGCGGCGCGGGCGGGCCUAGCGCCGUGGGGAGCAAGGCGCCCGUCGCGGUGGCCCGCAAGGCCCCGACCUGCGCCGACCACGAGCUGGAGAACUACAGCAUGUACUGCGUGACCUGCCGGAGCCCGGUCUGCUACCAGUGCCUGGAGGAAGGCAAGCACGCCAAGCACGAGGUGAAGGCCUUGGGAGCCAUGUGGAAGCAGCACAAGGCGCAGCUGUCUCAGGCUCUGAACGGGAUUUCGGAUAAAGCAAAGGAAGCAAAAGAAUUUCUGGUUCAGCUGAAAAAUAUUUUACAGCAGAUACAGGAAAAUGGUUUGGACUAUGAAGCUUGUCUAGUUGCUCAGUGUGAUGCUCUGGUGGACGCUUUGACUCGUCAGAAGGCAAAACUGCUCACAAAAGUUACCAAAGAGCGAGAGCACAAGCUAAAGGUUGUGUGGGACCAGAUAAAUCACUGUACUCUGAAACUGCGUCAGUCUACAGGGCUUAUGGAAUAUUGUCUUGAAGUAAUCAAAGAAAAUGACCCUUCUGGAUUUUUACAGAUUUCAGAUGCUUUAAUCAAACGUGUCCAAGUGUCUCAGGAGCAGUGGGUCAAAGGAGCUCUGGAACCAAAAGUAUCGGCUGAAUUUGAUCUGACUUUGGAUAGCGAGCCAUUAUUGCAGUCAAUUCAUCAGCUGGACUUCAUUCAGAUGAAAUGUAGGGUGCCGCCGGUCCCAUUACUGCAGCUGGAGAAAUGCUGCACCCGGAACAACAGCGUGACGCUGGCCUGGAGGAUGCCGCCUUUUAGCCACAACCCAGUGGAGGGUUACAUCUUGGAACUCGACGAUGGAGAUGGCGGCCAGUUUCGAGAAGUGUAUGUUGGUAAGGAGACCUUAUGCACUAUCGAUGGCCUUCAUUUCAACAGUACCUACAAUGCAAGAGUCAAAGCCUUUAAUUCAUCAGGAGUAGGUCCUUACAGCAAGACCGUUGUUUUACAGACAUCUGAUGUGGCCUGGUUUACGUUUGAUCCCUGUUCAGCUCACAGGGACAUAGUCCUUUCCAAUGACAACCAGACUGCCACCUGCAGUAGCUAUGAUGACCGCGUCGUUCUGGGCACAGCAGCCUUCUCGAAGGGAGUCCACUAUUGGGAACUGCAUGUAGAUCGUUAUGAUAACCAUCCAGAUCCAGCCUUUGGAAUUGCUAGGAUUAACGUUGUCAAGGAUAUGAUGCUAGGAAAGGAUGACAAGGCCUGGGCUAUGUAUGUCGACAACAAUCGGAGCUGGUUCAUGCACUGCAAUUCUCACACGAAUCGGACAGAAGGGGGUGUUUCUAAAGGUGCAACCGUGGGCAUUCUUCUGGACCUCAACAAGCACACCCUGACCUUUUACAUAAAUGGGCAACAGCAGGGACCACCAGCAUUUGAAAACGUGGAGGGCGUCUUCAUGCCUGCAUUAAGCCUCAACCGAAAUGUGCAGGUAAAAUUAUGUUUCCGUGGAUCUUGCGGAUCUUGCAUGUAUACCAAAAGUAAUCUCAUAUAAGUAAUGCAUUUGCCUAUAUAGACUGAAUUACAAUCAAAGAACACCAGAUAUUGUACCAUUUCCAUUAUCCACGUAGCCCAAUGGACCUGCACAACAUUAGGAGAGUGAGAUA